UUCUGUAAUGCAGAAUUUUUUGUGUAAAAAUCAUCAAACUAUUAAGAAAAGGCCACAAAACUAUUUUCUUCUCAUAAAUUAAUACUUUUCAACUAAAUAAAAAAAAAACAGAUGCUUAUAAAGCAUACUUAUUGUAAAAUUGUUACACUAAUCACACUUAUGCUUUCAUUUCAGCCAGCAAAGUGUUAAAAAGUGCAGAUAUCUGACUAGAAGGUCAUCAGCAAUCAACAGCAGCAAAAGAUAAGACGACACCAGCUCUUAUUGUGAAAUAAUAAAGCAGUAAAUUUUUAGACUACUUUAUUGGUACAUUUUUGAGUAACAUUUUCAUGUGAUAUGAACACAAUUUCCUGACGACAUCACAGUUCCUUCAACAACAACAGCAGUUACUUGAGUUAUGAAAACAAGAGGUCUAAAAAUGGAUUAUGUAAAACUGUCUGAAGGACAGACAGAACCAAAACCUAGUACGUCAAAAGAAACAGUGGAAGAAAGAAAAAUAAGAGAAGAAUUUGAAAACUCAACUUCAAACGACAGCAGUGAUACAAAAUUAUCUGAUAUCGAUUUAAAGAGCACUAAUGACAAGGUGAAUGAGACAGACUCAAGUUCUGAUAUGGAGGAAAACAAAAAACUUAUUCCAUUGGACAAAAUUAAAAAAGAGGACUUAUCAGAUAUUGAAAAGCAAGAAGCAGCUACAUGUACAAAUAAGCUAAAAUCUAAAAAUGUGAAAAGUAAAAUUACAAAAAGUACUGAUGAUAAAGCAAAAAAGCCAGUACAAAGCAAGACUAUAACUGUCGCCAAUAAAACCAAGAAACAUACAAUGAAGAAGUCAGCCAAGAUAGAAGAGGUUGACAUUGGGUCUUCUACUACUACUGACAACACGUCAGAUGAAGAUAGAAAAAUGAUGAAGGCUAGAAUGAUGAGAGAUAAAAUUAAAAAAAAGAAAUUACUGAAACAGAAAAAAAAGGAAGCAUACUCAAGCUCAUCAUCAGACACUGAAAAUGAUACAUCAGACACUGACGAACAGCCACGCAAACAACUAAAACCUGUUAAAAGAAACCAAAAAGCUAUAUUAGAGACUUCAGAUAGCUCACUUUCUUCGUCUGAUAUCAAGAAAAAACAAGAAAGUAAUGCAAAAAAGAGAGGGACCAAAGAAAAAAUUGAGGACACAACUACAAGCUCUAGUGAAGAAAGUGAUACUUCAUGUUCGAAAGACUCAGCGUCUGACUCAGAUUCAGACAUAGAUACAUGUGAGGAUAAGAAUAAGAGAAAGAAAGAAAUGAAAAAAAGGAAUAACAAGAAAAAACAGAAGAAAAGCAACGAUUCAUCAGAUAAUGAGGAUAAAGAUGAUUUAACCGAGUUAAACAAUGCAGUAAAACUUACAUGCCGAGAUUUAAAAAUUAAAAAACCAUAUACACUCUUGGAAAUUAAAUGGUCUAAACAAUCCGGAAGGACUGGACCAUACAAAAUUUGCACAGCAAAGCUACAGUACAAAAAAAAAAUUUUGACAGUCAAAUUGCCCACUCCAAUAGCCAACUAUGAAAAGAAGCAGAAGGAGAUACUACAGCAGAAGCUAAAAAAAAAGCAGAACCCCAUAUUCACUGUAUUGAAGAUCACACAGAAGAAAUCUCCCAAUUUUAAGGGAAAAUAUGACUUCGUAGAGUCACAAUGGUCCUAAAUUCAACUGAAGAAGCAAUCAACCACUGACCAAAAAUUUAUUGUGUACAUUAUACACUUAUAAUUAUUUAAUUUUAUCAGAAAAAUGAAAAUAAUUUCUGUCAAAACUAUUCCAGUAAAAUACAUAAGAUCUGUACCUCAAUGAUCUAUACUCGUAUGUAACUCCGAAUACUAAAAAGUUUUUUUAGCGCACAAAACCUUAAUUGAAAAGGAUAUGUGCUCAUAUGCACACAGAAAUUUAUUUCUAUGUAGCUCUGUUUCUUCUGCAUAUCAUACUGCCAGUUAUGUCAACACUAUCUUAAUCUAAAUUUUACUGUUAUCUAGAUCAACAUGUAUCAGCAUACUGUUCACAAGACAUGACAUAAUAUGAAAUGUUACUUACUUUCAUUAAGAUUGCAGAAAGAUUGUUGAUAUAAUUUAAAAUCAAUAAAAGAUUUUGAUAACCUUAUUCCUUUUAAACAGUCUAUUAACAUUUUAUACUUUAAUUGCAAGAUUUCAGACACAUACAUAAGAGCAAGUAGUAAUGCCAACAUAACAUACAUUCAAAUACACGAUACUUACAAAAAUACCAAAAUAGAAAAAACACUACUUACACAAUUAUGAAACUGGGUACUAAAUUAAACCAUACACUGAUACGUAAAGAACGAGUCGAUACUUCAUUUAUCAAAUAUAUUUGAUAAACUGACUCUCUGCUUGUUUUUAUUUCUAUUUUGUUAAAUUCCCACUUGAAGUUUUUCUCCUCUUUAAGUGAAAGUCUAGGUAUACUGUAUCUAUGAUAUUGGAAGGGUACAAAAAGCUGUGCACCUUUCUGUAUCAGUAGGAGCUUAAAGAUAGUACUGUCAAUGUUUUUCUUCAUUGAUUCAUGUACAUGUCUUAUAUUCUUAAUAAUUUGUGUUCAUGCAUUGAAUAUUAGAUUCUAGGUUUUACAUUGAUCUUGACCAAAAGGGAUAUGAUUCUUUGAUUAAUAUUAUAUGACUUGGAUGAUUGAAGCAGCAUUGGCUUGGAAGUAAAUCCCUGAUCAUUAGAAAUAAAAUCAAAACUAUGUGCUCACUUCCAGCCUUGCUCAGUUAAGUUGACUGUUCAUAACUUCUUUCUUCUGUACCAGAGGUUCUUCCCUGUAUCUUUUGGUUUCCCUCUGCCUUUUGCUUAGCAAUCAGUAUCAGUCUUGUGUCCUAUGCGAAAAUGUGGUUACCAUUGUGCAAAGCAAGGAAUCAGUCUUGUUCUCUUUAGUCAUAUUCAUAAUUAUUUUAAUUUAAGAAUUCCAACUUGUUAUGUUUGUGCACUCCAGUAUUGUUUCUAGGGUUUAAGUACCUAUGUAUAGUUUGAAAUGUGAUCUAAGCAGUUAUGAUUUAAUACACUGCCAAAAUAGUAAUUACAGUACUUUGCUUAAGAAAGAAAGAUUUGUUUUGAUAUAUGUGGUCUAAAAUUUUUUGUGUACUGACUGCGCUACCGUAAUUAUAUGCUGCGUUCUCUUGCAACAACCGACAGUAUUGAAGUUCAUGAAAUUAACCAAUCUUGAAAGACAGCUGCUGUAACUUUUUGUAUUAUUUGACGAAUUUUAUUUUAAGCUGUUACGAUCUUAUAUGUUGUGUUAGUUGUAAUUGGUUUUUAAGCAGAAAAACGAUUCUUGGUGUGAUUUUAUUUUCAUGUUAUGAAAGACUGAACUGUUUCAAGAGGAAAUAAACAGCAAAUUUUCAUGUGA